CCCCACCCUCGUCUGUCGUCAAUUUAUCGAUAGGAUAGGACAGUCGGCUUGCCGGUGUAAAAAUUAAUUAUUAAAUUAAUUCAUUGUAUUGGCUGAUUUGCAAAUCCAGUCCCGCCCUGCGCCGUCGCCCCCCGGACUUCCCAUUGAGGCGAUCGCGAUUCGCAAUCCCACUCGAGCGUCGCAUGUGCUGGCAGCGACACGGCGCACAUCUCCUCAGACGAUUCCGAUUCCCGACGAAACGCCGGAUCCCAAUUACUCAAUUAGCCGGCGGACGGACAAUCACACACGGCCCGUGUAAGAUGACGGACCAGGUCAAGUAUCUGGACACACCGGACAAGUCGGAGACGGACAAGAAGCUGUACAAGACCCUGCUUCUUGGCAAUGGCUUGCACGCCCUCAUCGUCUCCGAUCCCACCCCCAUGCCUCACGAUGGCUUCACCACCUCCGAAUCCUCCUCGGGGAAGUCCGUCGAAUGCGAGUCCAUUAGCAGUACCGAGACGAGCAGCAGCGAUUCCAGCAUCACGAGCUCAUCCGAUAGUGGCAGCAGCGCGGAGUCGGGAAGCGAAGAGGGUGACGAAAAGCUGGCCGCUUGCGCCCUGAUGAUCGACUAUGGAUCCUUUGGGGAGCCCGAGAAGUACCAGGGAUUGGCGCACUUCCUGGAGCACAUGAUCUUCAUGGGCUCCGAGAAAUAUCCGGAGGAGAACAUCUUCGAUGCGCACAUCAAGAAAUGCGGCGGCUUUAGCAAUGCCAACACGGACUGCGAGGAGACACUCUUCUACUUCGAGGUGGCCGAGAAGCAUCUGGAGUCCAGCCUGGACUACUUUACAGCCCUGAUGAAGGCUCCGCUGAUGAAGCAAGAGGCCAUGCAGCGCGAGCGCAGCGCCGUCGACUCGGAGUUCCAGCAGAUCGCACAGGAUGAUGAGACGAGGCGCGAUCAGUUGCUGGCCAGUUUGGCCACCAAAGGUUUCCCCCACGGCACCUUCGCCUGGGGCAAUAUGAAGUCGCUCAAGGAGAACGUGGACGACGGGGAACUGCAUAAGGUGUUGCACGAGAUCCGCAAAGAGCACUACGGCGCCAAUCGAAUGUAUGUUUGCCUACAGGCCCGUUUGCCCAUCGAAGAGCUGGAAUCACUGGUGGUGCGCCACUUUGCGGAGAUUCCCCACAACGAUGUGCAGUCUCCGGAUUUGAGCCAGUUCAACUAUAGGAACGCCUUCCGGCCGGAGUUCCACGAGCAGGCGUUCUUCGUGAAGCCCGUGGAGAAUGAGUGCAAGCUGGAGUUGACUUGGGUGCUGCCCAAUGUGCGGCAGUAUUACCGCAGCAAGCCCGAUCAGUUUCUCUCCUAUCUGCUGGGUUACGAGGGACGUGGCAGUUUAUGCGCUUACCUGAGACGCCGACUGUGGGCACUCCAUCUAAUUGCCGGCAUCGAAGAGAACGGCUUUGACACGAACACAAUGUAUGCUCUGUUCAACGUAUGCAUUUAUCUCACGGAUGAGGGUUUCAAGAAUCUCGACGAUGUUCUGGCCGCCACUUUUGCCUACGUGAAGCUCUUUGCCGACUGUGGAUCCAUGAAGGAAGUUUACGAGGAGCAGCAACGUAUUGAGGAUACGGGAUUCCGGUUCCAGGCUCAGCGACCUGCUUUCGAUAACGUUCAGGAACUGGUGCUGAACACCAAACAUUUCCCACCGAAGGAUAUUCUUACAGGCAAGGAGCUUUACUACGAGUACAAUGAGGAGCAUCUCAAAGAGCUGGUUGGCCACCUCAAUGAGAUGAAAUUCAACCUGAUGGUCACAUCGCGUAACAAGUACGAGGGCAUUAGCACGUAUGAUCAGACGGAGGAGUGGUUUGGCACGGAGUAUGCCACUAUUCCGAUGCCUGAGAAGUGGCGCAAGCUUUGGGAGGAUUCGAAGCCUCUGCCGGAAUUAUCUUUGCCGGAGCCAAAUAAAUUUGUUACGGACGAUUUCACACUGUUCUGGCACUCGGCUUGCAAGCCAGAACUGCCCGCUGCACCGAAGAAGCUCCUCAAGACGGACACCUGCGAGCUGUGGUUCCGGCAGGAUGACAAGUUCGAAUUACCCGAGGCCCACAUGUAUUUCUAUUUUAUCUCGCCGCUGCAGCGACAAAGUCCCAAGAAAGAUGCCAUGUGCACACUUUACGAGGAGCUGGUUAAAUUCCAUGUGUGCGAGGAACUGUAUCCAGCCAUUAGUGCCGGCCUUUCGUACACCUUCAACACCUUUGAGAAGGGUUUGCUCCUCAAAGUGAGCGGUUACAAUGAGAAGCUCCAUCUUAUUGUUGAAGCUAUUGCUGAAGGCAUGCUCCACGUGGCAGAUACCCUCGACGAAAAGAUGCUGGCUGCCUUCCGGAAGAACCUACGCAAGACUAUCUUCAAUAACCUGAUCAAACCAAAAUCACUCAACAGGGAUGUUCGUCUUUGUGUGCUGGAGCAAAUACGCUGGCUAUCGAUUGACAAGUACAAGUGCCUCAACGAUAUUACUUUGGAGGACCUGCGCGAGUUUUCCCGCCAGUUCCCGAAGGAACUCUACAUCCAGGCUCUCAUACAGGGCAACUACACGGAGGAAUCCGCUCACAAUGUACUGAACUCGGUGCUGAGUCGCCUCAAUUGCCAGGCGAUCAAGGAGCAGCGCUAUGUGCAGGAUAGGACCAUACAAUUGCCGCUGGGGACCAACGUGAUCCGAUGCUAUGCCCUAAAUGAGCAGGACACAAACACAGUGAUCACGAACUUUUACCAAAUUGGACCCAAUUCAGUUCGCGUUGAAAGCAUCCUCGAUCUGAUGAUGAUGUUCGUGGACGAACCUUUGUUCGAUCAACUGAGGACCAAGGAGCAGCUAGGCUACCAUGUCGGCGCCACUGUUAGAAUCAACUACGGAAUUGCCGGCUACACCAUUAUGGUCAACUCGCAGGAGACAAAGACGACGGCUAACUAUGUGGAGGGUCGCAUCGAAGUGUUCCGCGCUAAAAUGCUACAAAUUCUGCGACAGAUGCCGCAGGACGAAUACGAACACAACCGCGACUCGUUGAUCAAGCUGAAGUUGGUGGCUGACAUGGCGCUAAGCUCGGAAAUGGCUCGCAACUGGGACGAGAUUAUCAAUGAGGAUUAUCUCUUCGAUCGUCGACGUCGCCAAAUUGAAAUACUGCACACACUUCAAAAGUCCGACAUUAUUAAUUUUCUUAUGGAAAUCGAUUUGAAAAACCUGAGGAAGCUGUCCGUACAGGUCAUUGGCCAUCGGCCAGCCGAUAUGCCAGAACCCUUGCCUGGUUCCCACCUCGUUUCCGAUGACGAAGACAAAGCCGAGGAUGCUAACGAAGCUGAGGAGGAUGAGAGUGAAACUGAGAAGGACGACCAAGAGGAUGAGGAGGAAGUGGAUUCAUCCGAAGAGGCCGACGACGAGGAUCUAUUUCUGACCCUGGAAAACAAGCUGAAUGUCGUCUUCUUACCCCCAGUUGGAAAUGAAAACGCCAUCCUUGAUAUUAACGAAUUCAAGAAGGGUCUGGAUGUAUAUCCCAAGCGCCAGAGUCAAUAUGAGAAGGAGGAUCCGUCGCGCGCUGAUCGCAUUGAGGAUGCAUUGGCUGAGGCGUGAGAUCCUCGAGUAGCAACCUACCCACCACCCAACCAACACUACUCCAUAUACCUUACCCAUUUCAGUUCGUUUAAUUAGCCAAAGGUAGAAGAUUAGUUUCACAGAAUGCAAGCUCUUUUACGUCAACCUCCUGACCAAGUCAGCGAUUUGCUCUCGUUUUUUAAUACGCGAAUCCAUAACUAUUUGAAUUUUUUCACACACACGCAGCUAAUGACAAAUGCAUUUUGGAGUUUUGAAACACCAUAAGUGGGUCGAUCGCACUUGCUGUCUUUCGUACUGAUUAAAUACAGAAAUAAAAAUCAAAAUUUAAAGUAA